AUGCCUCGUCCUCGGAGGCCCGGUGCGCCGGAGCCUAAGCGAAGAAGCCGAAAGGGCUGUUGGCCGUGCAAAUCUCGUAAAGUAAAAUGUGGCGAAGAGAAGCCUUCGUGUCUCAACUGUCAACGGCAAGGUGAGGCAUGUGACUAUAGUGUCCGCCUCAAUUGGGGUGGCCGGACAAAACGAGCUUCCGUCGACUCACCUAUAUCCCAAUCAAGUGGAUAUGGUGGCACAAUUAUUUCCUUCUCUGACUCCACACCAACGAACAAUAUGGACUCUACUUCGAUGUCUAUGCCGGCGACGAGUAAUCCUGUAGAUGCUUUUGUGAAUGUUCAUACUAGCGAUAUGGGCUCCAUCUCCCCAGAUACUCCGGGCCACCUUGGACUCUUUGACUCCCAAAAGCCCCAUUCUGUAUCGGAAGGUGUAGGCUCGCCGGAUCAGGCUGGCAUUCAAUUUUCAUCUACUUGGCCAGAGCAUUCGCCGCUAACUCCAGUUUCGUCGGGCUCUUUGGCACAGUAUCCGUUUGGACCAACGUUUCAUGGUGCAUUUUCGCCUGCCGCUGAUCAAGGUGUGGGACUCCGGUCUCUAUCGGCAUUUCCUUUUCAUUCAAAUUCUGUGUCUCAGCCUGUAUCUUUUCUUCGCAACACGGUGGAUGACACGAAUCAUUCCCCCAAUGAAAAUGAGAGUCAACCACCAAGGACCAUGAUAGAUGAGCACAGUAUCGGACAUGGGCUGAAUGGGGCACCGAAAGACGAUCAUGGAAAUUCAAAUGUUCCAAAUCCCGGGGGUAUAUCGGCAUUCAUGUUUGGUUCAUCAAUUGCUCCAAGUAAUACUAGUUCGCCUGUCGGUCAUGAUGGGAUGGCAUUGUUCAAUCAUAUAGAUGCAAUACCCAACGAUGGAAAAGAAGAUCACCAGGCCACACGUGAAUCAGUUUCUGCUCAGAGCAAAUGGCAAGCAUAUCUCACGAGCGUAACCGAUAAUUAUGGGUUGGACUGUGGGCGACCAGACCGAGAUCUAGCCUCAAACAAUGACCACGCCGCAAUUGAUGUCAAUUCCGCUCUUGAUGUGAUCAGCUCUCGUGGGAGAUCCGAAGAAUCGUCUCCCAAAUCCUACCCUACGCCAUCAGUCCCUCAAAAUACUGAGUAUGGCGGGUAUUAUGCAUCUCCAGUCUCAAUCAAUAUUCCGAGGUAUCUCUCCCCGCUCCCACCGACUCUGCUGGAGAAUCCAAUCAAUUUGAUGUAUUUUCAUCAUUUCAUCAACCAUACAUCUCGAAUGUUGGUGCCUCAUGACUGCGACAAUAACCCGUUCAUGUCGGUCCUACCGUCAAUGGCAAUUGGUGACCCUAAUUUGCUCAAUUUAUUGUUAGCAUAUUCGGCCAGUCAUCGUGCGCGGUAUUUAGGACACCCCGAACCGUCCAAUCGUAUUGCGCACUGGGUCAGGAAUGUAUUCCCCACAUUACGUGUCGCAUUGGAAGCGACGCAUGAGGAGAUUACAGAUAGCCAUCUGGCCACCGCAAUUCUGCUAUUGUCGCUGAAGAUCGUUUCUCCGGGGACGUUUGAAGUUCCUAUCACCUGGCAGAGUCACUUGAAAUUGGCACGUGAUUUAUUCCUUGCGCGAAGUGACCGUAUCGCUCGACCUGGUAAUAGGAUUGGUGCAUUCUUUGCCCGAUGGCUAGGAUAUAUCGACACUGUUGGUGCAUUGUCAUGUCGUCAAGCUGGCCGACCGUUGAUGUUAUACCACUCUGUCUUGGCAGCUUGCUCGGGUCCAGGCAACUAUGAUGAAUUCACCGUGGAUUGCUUCACGGGGUUUUCAGCUCGUACUGGAUUCUUCCUUAUUCGGUUGGCGAAGCUGGUCCAGGAGUGCGAUAAUCAGCGAUUUGACGAGCUGGGUCAUUUCCGACCGGGGUGGCAUCCAUCUGCGGAUAUGGUGCUUGAGGCCCAGGCCGUCUUAGGCGACAUGGAUGGCUUGAGCGAUCGUGUUCAUGCUGAUCCCAAUCACCAUAUAGGCAUCGAAGGCCAAGAAAUGAUGGCCACCGAAGAGGCUUUUCGAUGUGCAGGGCUGAUUCAUCUCCAUCGUCGCGUAUUAGGAUCAUCAUCAGACUCCUUCCCAGUCAAAGAAGCUCUUCGACAGCUUGUAGAAGCCCUCGGGCGCAUGAGACUCGGUGCCUCUACUGAAGUUUGCUCACUGCUCCCAUUGUUCACUGCUGGCUGUGAAUCCAGAGACCAUUCUCAGCGAUCAAAGAUCCUCAAUCGGUUCUUGGUCCUAGAAAAGUCAGGCAUGAAACAGGUAAAUGACCUCAAUACUUAA